AUGUCACCGGCGCCGCCAUCUUCGUCCAUGAGAUCGUCUUCCUCUAGUUCGAAGUCGACCGCUUCAACGUGGGUGCCGCCAUUGUUAAAGCUUCGAGUUGUUGCUGUUGUUGAUGAUGAUUUUCUCUCUCCUAGCGCAAGGGUUUCUAAGGGUCCUGUUUAUGUUCGGCAGCUCUGGGAUAACAAUAGUUGGGAUAUCAAUGCCCUCGAUGCAAAUUUUUCUGAGGCAGAGGUUAGUGCGAUUCAUAAUAUUCCCAUCCCCAUGUUUGAUAGUAGAGACUCUUGGAUGUGGCACUUUACGAAAGAUGGGCGAUUUUCUGUGAGAAGUGCUUAUAACUUGCUUACUGUAGAGCAGAUGAGAGAUACGCCUUCUUCGUCAAAUGGGGAUUUCUCUUUUGACUGGAAGCUAGUGUGGAAUGUUGAGAUACCUCAAAAGAUUAAGUGUUUGCGUGGCGUGGAAUUAAAGAUGAUGUGGAUGCUCGAGGCUGAUUUGGUACACUUCACCAUUGCGAUUGGAGGUAGUGAAGAGAUACCCAGGGGAGAACUUCAUAGAGUGUGUCUUUCGGUGAAUAAGUCUUGCAAAGACUUAAAUUGGUGGAGUUUGUUCUGGAGUGUAGCGUGGGGGAUAUGGCUGCGGCAUAAUGGUUGGACGUUUGAGGGAAAGAGGAUGGUUGGGUCUGAGGUAAUUCACAAAGCUAUGAGCAUAAUAGGAGAAUUCGAAUUGGCGAAGGAGGUAAGCAAUGCUAGUCCACCUGCUAUGUUGCAUGAAAAUUACUGUAAGCCUCCGUCAUAUGGGGUGAUUAAGAUUAACUCUGAUGCUGCUCUUUUCUCGCCACAUGUGGGUUUAGAGGGGGUGAUGCGUGACAUGUUGGUGAUGUAG